AUGUUUAUGCAAGUAGGGCUCAAAGAAGAAGAUCAGCGGUUCACUCGGUUUCUGUGGCAUGCCAGCCCAGACGAUGAUAUACAAGUGUAUGAGUUUAACCGGUUGGUCUUCGGCCUAAGAGCAUCACCCUAUCUCGCCGGCAAGGCUCUACUGCAAACUGCACAAGAUUUCGCGACCGACUCGAUGCGCAGCAACGACCUUCUCCAAGUGAUCGAGGAGAGCUUCUAUGUCGACGAUCUUCUGGACUCCUUCCAGUCAGCUUCUGUGGCAAUAGAUGCCCAACAACAACUGACACAGCUACUACAGUCUGGUGGUUUCAAGCUUCGCAAGUGGCUAAGCAACUCUACCGAGGUGGUUGAGUCUGUGCCAGAAGCCGACAAAACCCCGCAGGCGUCCCUGGGUGUCAACAAUACGAUGCGUGCACGAGUACUGUUUCAGGAGGCAUGUGUCGCUGGAUAUGCUUGGGACGAGCAGCUGAAUGACGACGACACGGCCCGUUGGAAGCGCAGGCUAUCAGAGUUACCCGACCUGGCACAGAUCCACGCUGACCGAUGUUUCAAGUACACCGAUGCGGAUCCAACCUGCGUGAAGACAGAAGUUCACACAUUCAUCGAUGCAUCGGAUGCAGCUACAGCAGCAACCUGCUGCGUCCGUUCUGAAUAUCCAGACGGACGCGUGAAGGUGACACUGGCAUUCGCUAAGUCGCGGCAAACUCCCAUCAAGAAGCUAAGUAUCCCAAAGCUCAAGCUGAAUGGAGCGGUCCUUGGAGUACAGCUAAGUAAAGAGCUGGAAGCAGCCCUGAAGAUACCAUUGACGGAGCACCGUUUCUGGACAGCCAGCCUCAAUGUGUUGUACUGGCUGAGAUCCCACAGCCGACGAUUCAGCACAGACAUCGGUGUAAAAAUCUCGGAGAUUCAACGUGCCACAUCACCUCUGCAAUGGCAACAUGUGCCCGGAGAGACUAAGCGACACCAAGCGCUGACGUUUGUCGCCGAAGCCACUGUAUCUAAACUGCGUCCCGAGAACUUUUCAUCCUGCAACCAACUGAAGCGUGUCACGGCUGGGAUAUUCCGGUUCUCCUCAAACUGCCGAGGUGCCAAGAAGGGGGAAAAACCUGAGGGCAGUGAUGCAGUCUCUCGUGUAGCUGUGUCGUCUGCAGAGAAUUUAGUAGUUUCCGAACUGUCGGCAACUGAAAUACAGCGAGCAGAACGGCACUGGAUCAGCAUUGCCCAGCAGGAGUGUUACUUGGCCACUAUUUCGACCUUACAGCGGGAGAAAAGUGUUAAGCCCUCGGACACUUUGCUCCGGCUCAAUCCAGUCCUAGACACCGCUGAACGGCCAUUUGUACUACGCGUUGGAGGCAGGCUGCAGCAGGCAUCAGCAAUGUCGGAUAGUACGAGGCAGCCACUGAUACUGCCGUAUCGGCAUCCAGUAUCUGACCUCAUCAUUGCCAAUGAGGAUCGCAAAACCCACCAUGCGUCGACACGAAUCAUCUGUGGGCCAACCUGA